CAAGCUUCCAGUCGGGUUUUUAUCUUCGUGUCAUCAAGACGUGAUUUUGUACGUGCGCGCGCGUUGUUGUUUGUGGUGUUUGAUUGAAAGUCUUUCUCACUCUCUCAUCAGCAAAGAGCCAUCAACCGAAAUCAGUGUGGGAAAGAAAGUCAUCCCUGUUGUGACCUUUUCUCUCCUGUACUAAGUGUGUGUAGACUGACUGACUCGGCACUCGUGCGAUCCUUUUCAUACUCGCGUACAUUCCGCGGAUUCGAUCGAAAAACUCGGUGGAUGAGGUUUUAGUUUUCGCGAUUCGUGAAUAUUGUGUGUAAAAUAGUAAAAAGUGACAAAAUUGCGUUGGCUUCUUAUCAACUGCCCGUUUGGAUUAUUAGAACACGUUACACCCCGGUUCGGUUCGUUCCGUUCGGAGACUUGAGCAGCGAAACAGAUUAAACGCAUAGAAACACGCGUUCAGCCCCGGAGACCGACGACAGAGAAAGCACCCAUCACGGUCCCAAACUAGAAUCAAAGAAUGUCCGCCAAAGCAAUUCGCGAAGCCACCGGUAAGGAUAUCAUCAACCGACACCUCGUGGGAGAUCAUGGCGCUGCCAAGUGCCGGUUCGCAUCCGUUGACGAGAGCACACAGUGGAGCCAGCUGGUCGCCGAUAACCCCUGGCUGGAAAGCACCCCCCUCGUUGUAAAGCCGGAUCAGCUGAUCAAACGACGAGGUAAACUAGGACUGAUUGCCGUCAACAAGAACUUCACCCAGGUUAAACAAUGGGUCGACGAACGCAUGGGCAAAGACCAGAAGGUGGGCAACGCCACCGGCAAACUGCGAAACUUCAUCAUCGAACCGUUUGUCCCACAUAAAGAUAAUGAAGAAGCCUACGUCUGUAUCUACUCUCACCGAACGGCAGACACCAUUCUGUUCUACCACCAGGGAGGUGUCGACAUUGGAGAUGUAGACUCGAAAGCACUGAAACUAGAUGUACCUGUUGGACAAGAUGUAUCCCUGGAGAGCAUCGAAAAAGUGCUACUCACUGAAGUAGCAGCCGCUAAAAAGAAGAGAGUCGCCAGUUUUAUCUUUAAUUUGUACAAACUUUAUGUAGACCUGUACUUUACCUAUCUGGAAAUUAACCCCCUGGUCGUAACAGACAGCUCCAUCUACAUUCUCGAUCUGGCAGCGAAGGUCGAUGCCACGGCCGAUUUCGUGUGCCGUCCCAAGUGGGGUGAGAUCGACUACCCGCCGCCAUUCGGGCGGGAUGCCUACCCGGAGGAGGCCUACAUUGCCGAUCUGGACGCCAAGAGCGGUGCUUCGCUGAAGCUUACCAUUCUGAACCGCAACGGUCGGAUAUGGACCAUGGUGGCCGGCGGUGGCGCUAGUGUUAUUUAUUCCGAUACCAUUUGUGAUUUGGGAGGUGCCUCCGAGCUGGCCAACUACGGCGAAUACAGCGGGGCACCGUCCGAGCAGCAGACCUACGAGUAUGCCAAGACCAUUCUUAGCCUGAUGACCAGCAGCCCGAAGCACCCGCAGGGCAAGGUCCUGAUCACCGGUGGAGGCAUUGCCAACUUCACCAACGUGGCGGCCACAUUCAGCGGUAUCAUUACGGCGCUGCGGGAAUUCCAGCAGAAACUCAUCGAGCACAAUGUUUCCAUUUUCGUCCGACGUGCCGGUCCCAACUACCAGGAAGGUUUGAGGAAAAUGCGCGAAAUCGGAAGCACGUUGGGAAUCCCACUGUUCGUAUUUGGUCCGGAAACCCACAUGACUGCCAUCUGUGGUAUGGCUCUCGGAACUAAGGCCAUCCCCAAGAGUUGCAACGUUCACUUUGCAACGGCCAACUUCCUGCUUCCCGGAGGACAACAGGCUGCCGAUGCUGCCAAGAAGUCGUCCACUGCCAGCAGCGAUGCCGUUAACGCAUCAACAUCAACAGUUACCACACCUAGUGCAGCGCAAUCGGCGGCUGCAACAGCGACCGGCAACAGCAUCACCAACAACGGCACUGCCGCUGCAAGCAGCCGACCAGUAAACAAGAGCAGUGGAACCGCAGUCAAAUACUCCCAGGUAAAGAUCGGCUCCGGCGAGUACCAACGGAUGUUCACCAACCGUACCAAGGCACUGGUAUGGGGCAUGCAGACUCGUGCCGUCCAAUCGAUGUUGGACUUUGACUUCAUCUGUCGCCGCGAUGAACCGUCCGUAGUGGCCAUGGUGUACCCCUUCACCGGGUACCACAAGCAGAAGUUCUACUGGGGCCACAAGGAGGUGCUGAUCCCGGUGUACUCCAAGAUGUCCGAGGCCAUCAACAAGCACAAGGAAGCCGACGUCCUGGUGAACUUCGCUUCGCUCCGCUCGGCGUACGAAAGCUCGAUGGAAGUGCUGGACUACCCGCAGAUCCGCACCAUCGCCAUCAUUGCCGAAGGUAUUCCGGAGAAUCUGACCCGCAAGCUGAACAUGGCCGCCCGAUCCAAGAAUGUUUCGAUCAUUGGACCGGCCACGGUUGGCGGAGUCAAGCCAGGGUGUUUCAAGAUCGGUAACACCGGUGGUAUGUUGGACAACAUUCUGCACUCGAAACUGUACCGUCCGGGCAGUGUGGCCUAUGUAUCCCGUUCCGGAGGUAUGUCGAACGAACUGAACAACAUCAUUUCGCUAACAACGAACGGAGUAUUCGAGGGCGUGGCCAUUGGAGGCGAUCGUUACCCGGGAACCACCUUCAUGGAUCACAUCAUGCGAUACCAGGCCGAUCCGGACGCCAAGAUGAUCGUGCUGCUCGGCGAAGUAGGAGGUGUAGAGGAGUAUGAAGUGUGCGAAGCGCUUCAGGACGGAAGAAUCACGAAGCCACUGGUUGCAUGGUGUAUUGGUACUUGCGCAGGAAUGUUCACGUCUGAAGUGCAGUUCGGUCAUGCCGGAUCCUGUGCCAACUCGGAUCGUGAAACUGCCACCGCCAAGAACAAAGCGUUGGGUGCCGCCGGUGCUCACGUUCCGGAUUCGUUCGACACCCUUGGAGACUUGGUUGGAUCCGUGUAUGCCGAUUUGGUCAAGAGUGGAGUUAUUGUUCCGGCAGAAGAAGUCCCACCGCCAACCGUGCCCAUGGAUUACUCGUGGGCCCGCGAGCUGGGUCUGAUCCGUAAGCCGGCUUCCUUCAUGACUUCGAUCUGCGACGAGCGAGGACAGGAACUGCUGUACGCUGGCAUGCCCAUCAGCGAUGUGUUGCAGAAGAACGUCGGCAUUGGCGGUGUGGUCUCGCUACUCUGGUUCCAACGCUGCUUGCCACCGUACGUUUGCAAGUUCUUCGAAAUGUGUCUGAUGGUGACGGCUGACCAUGGACCGGCCGUUUCCGGAGCUCACAACACGAUUGUGUGUGCCCGUGCAGGCAAGGAUCUCGUCUCGUCGGUGGUCAGCGGUUUGCUGACUAUUGGCGAUCGUUUCGGUGGUGCUUUGGAUGGUGCUGCUAAGCAAUUCUCGGAAGCUUACGAUUCCAACCUGCAUCCUAUGGAGUUUGUUAACUCCAUGAGAAAGAAGGGCCAACUGAUCAUGGGUAUCGGACAUCGUGUCAAGUCAAUCAACAAUCCGGACAUUCGAGUCAAGAUCAUCAAAGAAUUCGUCAUGGAGAACUUCCCGGCCAAGCCUCUGCUGGAGUACGCCCUGGAGGUGGAGAAAAUCACCACCAGCAAGAAGCCGAACUUGAUUCUGAACGUGGACGGAGUCAUUGCUACCUGCUUCGUCGAUAUGCUGCGGAACUGCGGAUCCUUCACCAGCGAGGAAGCCCAGGAGUACAUCAAUAUCGGUGCUAUCAACUCGCUGUUCGUGCUCGGUCGCAGCGUCGGUUUCAUCGGUCACUACAUGGACCAGAAGCGUCUGAAGCAGGGUCUGUACCGCCACCCAUGGGACGACAUCUCGUACGUGCUUCCGGAACAAUACAACUAAAGUAAGGAAGGGCUUCUGACUGACGGAAGGUAGGAAGGAAGGACGGACGGACGGCACUAGGAGUGUGUGUGUUUCCAUCGUAAAAAAAGGACCGAGGGGAGGGCUUUAAGUCUAAUGACCUGACAUAGCACAACUGAGAGAUGUCUGUAUUUUCAACAUUUUGGGCUUCGUUCAUUUGUUGAACAGUUUAAACAAAUUGACACACCUGGUGGCUCCGAAGAGGAGUCCACCGAACAGAAUCUCGUUCAAACGGUAGAUUAAGAGAAACGAUGGAAUUUCCUAACUAAACACAUCCAACUCAUUCCAUUUGUUAGAUUCAGUUCCCGUUUUCUCAUGUUAACAUUUUCCCCUAAAAUUCCUUCGUUUUCAUCUACUUUCUCAUCCUCAAAAUCUACAUUCUAUCUGAUGAUGCAUUUAUCAUUUUUUCCCCGGAAGGACAAUUCAUAAACUAUGCCCGUGUUUGAAACAUCCAUUCUUAAGUUUUAUCCCUCUAACGACACCCCCAUGGCGAUAAAAAUCUGAAUCGCCAUAUAAAAUAAAACUGUAACUUAAACAAAAAAAUCGAGACAACAUUACUAUUUCAAAAAAAAAAAAGCAAAAUGCAUAUUAAGAGCUGAAAACUGCGAAACUGCAACAAAUCUAUUUAAAUCCAAAUCAAAUUUAAGUUAUUUCCCCUUUAAACUGUAAGAUGAUAAUUAAGUGUAAAAAAUUAUAUUCUAUUGCCCCGACGAAGAUGUGGACGGAAAAUGUGACUACAAUUGUGCGUUUAGUUCUUAUUGGUAAAUGUAUACGUAAAAGUAUAUAAACAGUUUCUUCAUUAGGUGGGAUCCUUACUACAUGAAAGAGAUACAUUUCAUUUUUCUUUUGUUUCGUUAAGGCUAAGUUAUGAAGAGCGAAGAUCCGUAUAAGAUGUAAUUUUUGUUCGUAACGGUCUAUGAUGAUGUCUCUUCUUUCGUUCGAAAUCGAUUUUUUACUUGCCUGUGACCCUCUUCAGUUUACAUUGUGGUUUUCGUACUAUUCUUCUAUUCCGUUCUACCCAUUAUGAUAGCAGAUUUGUAUAGUGAAAUUGUGUUUAUUUCUUCUACUUUCCAAUUCGGUCACUUUUCUGUAAUUGCGUUCGUUGUUGUAAGUAAAUCAUUAAUUUUUACAGUUUUAUUGUAAUAAACUGAUGACCCAAUUUCUUUCACA